GUGACAAAUAGAAUUUUUGAUCAGUUCAUUCUCGAAUAGUUACGGGGAUUGAAAGGAUAACAACAGAAUGAAGUUUAUAACAUCGCUUGUUAUAGUUGUUAUAUGUAUAUCAUAUACAACGGCUCGCCUUUCUGGUGAACAAAAGGAGCAACUAAAAGAAUUUGGACAAGAAUGUACUAAUUUAAUUAGAAUUAGUGAACAAGGACUAAAACGUAUAGGUAGUGGUAAUUUAGAAGACUUAGAUUUUAAUGAAAAAUGUUGGAUCGAAUGUGUUUUUGAACGUCUUGGAAUUUUACGUGAUGGACAAAUUCAAACAUCAGUUAUUAUGGGUUCAUUGACAAGUAUGGGUUAUGAUCUUGACACUGCAACAGGAAUUACAUUCCAAUGUGAAAAUCCACAAGGCGAAAAUGCCUGUGAACGUGCACAUGAUUUAGCAUUAUGUUACUUGCGACAAAAUGCUGGAUUACAUCACAGAAAGAGAAGAUAAAUAUUACUGUAAAAAGUCUAUAUACAACAACAGAAUUAAAAAAAAAAAAUAAACAUGUUCUUAUGAAGACUAAAGUGCUGCUUUAAGGUAUAGGAAAACAAAACAGGCAUAGUGAAAAAUUUUGGGAAAAAAGUUAAUGAUAAAAAAAAAACAUUUUUCUUUUUUUUUUUUUAUUUGAAUUUUAGAUAUAAGUUUGUAUGUGACCGUGACUUUUCUAUUUGUAAAUAUAUUUAUUAUCUUUUAUGGUAUAUUUUGAAAGCGAAA